UCAGGCCGUGAUCUACAGCAGUACCAGAGUCAAGCAAAGCAGCUCUUCCGCAAGCUGAAUGAGCAGUCCCCCACCAGAUGUACUCUCGAAGCAGGAGCCAUGGCUUUCCACUACAUCAUUGAGAAAGGAGUGUGUUACCUGGUCCUGUGUGAAGCUGCAUUCCCCAAGAAACUGGCGUUUGCGUAUCUGGAAGACUUGCAUUCAGAGUUCGAUGAGCAGCAUGGCAAGAAGGUGCCAACGGUCUCCAGGCCCUAUUCCUUCAUUGAAUUUGAUACCUACAUCCAGAAAACCAAGAAGCUCUACAUUGAUAGCCGGGCAAGGAGGAAUCUGGGCUCCAUCAACACAGAGCUGCAAGAUGUGCAGAGGAUUAUGGUGGCCAACAUUGAGGAGGUCUUACAGCGAGGAGAGGCACUUUCAGCUCUUGAUUCCAAGGCCAACAACUUGUCCAGUUUGUCUAAGAAGUACCGUCAAGAUGCGAAGUACCUGAACAUGCGCUCCACUUACGCCAAACUUGCGGCUGUAGCUGUGUUUUUUAUCAUGUUGAUCGUUUAUGUGAGAUUCUGGUGGCUGUGAGCCGGUUGCAGUCAUGUAAGAGGGAAAGCCGGUAGCCUGGCAGGUGUAUGUGUGCAGGACACUGUUCACGGGGGAUGUGCAUUAGAAUCCACACAGGACUAUCACCUUUACGGGAGUGUCCUGAAAUUGUUAGGUGACACCUGACUACUACAUCUCUUAGUGAAGCCUAACAACAGGUGUAAAGGCUUGUUGACUACAGGCUUUUCCUCUGAGGCAGUUUGCACUAGGGUAUUGCAGAGUUUGGCCUCCCAGGGUUCUGCCCCCCUCCUGGGGGCACACUCUGGGAACAGUCAAUCAGUGCGGUUUAGCAUAAUCACAUCGUACGUCCUCUUGUUAAGUAGCUCUAGUGGGAACUGGACUCUAAUGAACAUUCCUUGUGUUGGCAACGUUUGCUUUUUUUAGAAUCUGGGUCUGCAGUUACUAUUUUUUUUUAAAGACAAGACUCCCCUGUUUGAAGGUAAAUACUGCACUGUACAUAUAAUAGCUUUCACCUCUGUCAGAAUA